CAUCUGACCAAUGAUAGAGCACGACAGUGGACUUGUGCCCCGCCCCCUCAGUGAAUGGAUGUUCAGUUCCAGGAUUCCUUUCCACCGACUUAUUUCGCGCUGUGCUGUCAUGGCCUCAAAGGUUCUACGGGAGGCGGCGGAGAUCGCUCAGUUGUACCGGGAUCAGUGUCGGUUCCCGGCGUUGUGUCGCGCUGAUGUGGGACCGGUGAUCACGUCACGCUUCGGCGGACAAUACUGCAACGUUUAUACAGAGUGGACUCAGCGGGAUUUGGAGAGGAAUGAAAAUGUGAAGUUUUGUCGUCAGUACAUUGUGUUUCAUGAUGACACAUCAGUGGUCUACUCCGGACCCUCAGGAAACUGCACAGAAAUCAAGGGAGAGCUGCUCAGUGUGGAUUCUCCGUCCGGAGACAUGAAGGCUGUGCUGAGAGAGAGCACCAUUAAAGGAGAAGACAAGCAGUUCCUUGAGAUCUGGCAUAAGAACAGGAAGCUGAAGUGUCUUAAUCUGACGACUCUCAGCAAGCAUGGCAAAGUGUAUGAAGAUGAUCAGUUUGGCUGCAUGAUCUGGUCUCAUUCAGAGACUCACCUCCUGUAUGUAGCUGAGAAGAAACGACCCAAGACAGAGUCAUACUUCCAGGGGCCUGAGACGGGUGUCCUCACUGACGAAGAGGAGACCAUCAAGACAGACAAGGAGGAAACCGUCCUGGGUCAGCAGUUUGAGUAUUAUGAAGACUGGGGUGAAGCUCUAGUGAAUAAAAGCAGCCCAGUGCUCUGUGUGCUGGACAUCGAAGGCAGUAACAUCACUGUUCUGGAAGGAAUCCCCGCUAACAUCUCGCCAGGACAGGCAUUCUGGUCUCCCAAUGACACAGGGCUUGUGUUUGUGGGAUGGUGGCACGAACCAUUCAGAUUGGGGCUCAAAUACUGCGCCAACAGAAGGUCUUCUCUGUUUUAUGUGGAUCUGGCUAGUGGUAAAUGUGAACAGUUAUCCUCUAACUCCAGUGCUGUCUGCUCUCCUCGGCUGAGUCCUGACCACUGCCGUAUCGUUUAUAUGGAGUGUGGCGUCUUCGGUCCACACCAGCAGUGCAACCGUCUGUGUAUGUAUGACUGGUACACCAAGCAGACAAGUGUUGUGGUUGAUGUGGUGCAGAGAGCCAGACAGGAUGGUUUUACUGGGAUCUACAGCUCAAUGCUUUCUCCCCGCUGCUGGUCAGCUGACAGUCAGCGUGUGCUUAUGUCCUGUGCUCAGAGAUGCCGUAAGGAUCUGUUGGUUGUUGAUACUUCUACUGGUGAAGUCACGUCUCUCACCUCCCAGUCAGAGGAGGGAAGCUGGAGCUUGCUCAGUAUUCACAGAGAUCUGAUGGUGGUCAGCUGCUCUUCACCAAACUGCCCUCCAGACCUGCGGGUGGGUUUCCUGCCAGAGAAGGGUUCUGAAAGCAAGAUGUCAUGGGUCACGCUGGAGGAGACUCAACCUCAGGCGGAUAUCAGCUGGCAGACUUUAAACUUCAGUCCACCACCUGAGGAGGACAACAGCCAAUACCCUGGUUUGGACUUUAAUGCUAUCCUACUGAAACCAAAGGAAACGACAGCAGGAAGCAAACUACCUCUCAUUGUCAUGCCACAUGGUGGCCCUCAUUCAGUGCUGGUGUCAGAGUGGUUCUUGUCCACAUCAGUUCUGUGUAAGAUGGGCUUCGGUGUCCUGCUUGUGAACUACAGAGGCUCACUUGGUUUUGGUCAAGAUAGCAUCCUCUCCUUACCAGGAAACAUCGGUACACAGGAUGUAAAAGACGUGCAGUUGGCAGUAGACAGUGUUUUGAAGCAAGGUGACUUUGACGAGCAGAAGAUCGCUCUGGUUGGAGGCUCUCAUGGCGGAUUCCUGGCUUGUCAUCUGAUUGCACAAUAUCCUGAGUUUUACAAGGCGUGUGUGGCUCGAAACCCCGUCACAAACCUGGCCUCCAUGGUCGGCAGCACAGACAUCCCAGACUGGUGUUUGGUGGAAGCUGGAUUUGAAUAUAACACAGAUAUUCAUCUUGAACCUGCUAUUCUGGAGCAGAUGUUAAACAAGUCACCCAUAAAACAUGUCAGCAAGGUAAAAACCCCAGUACUUCUGAUGUUGGGGGAAGAUGACAAGCGUGUCCCCAGUAAGCAGGGUAUUGAAUACUACAGAGCCCUGAAGGCAUUGCAGGUACCAGUGAGAUUGUUGUGGUACCCAGGCAAUAAUCACUCUUUGUCCAAAGUUGACGCAGAAUCGGAUGGGUUCAUGAACGCUGCUCUCUGGAUCAUCCAACAUCUUUCUCUGUGAUAUCACUUCCUCUCCAUAAAUCAUAACCAAUUUUUAUCACAUUGUAUUAAAGAGAUUUCAGCAUUUCUUUCAUAAAUAUCAGCUUUGUCGUUGUCAUAUCGAGGCAUC